AUGCCUUCAACACAACCCGAGGCUAUCGCUAUCGUGGGAAGCGGUUGCCGCUUCCCCGGAGCUGCAAGCUCACCUUCCGCCCUGUGGAAGCUACUGGAGAGCCCUCGUGAUGUGGGCAUGGAAAUCCCCCCAGACCGAUUCGAUGCCUCGGCCUUUUUCCACCCGGAUGGCAGCCAUCACGGCACAUCCAAUGUUCUCCGAUCCUACCUUUUGGAGGAAGACGUGCGUGCGUUUGACGCAGCUUUCUUCAACAUCAGCCCUAACGAGGCAGACUCCAUGGAUCCCCAGCAGCGUAUCUUGCUGGAGACCGUGUAUGAAGCCCUCGAAGCGGGUGGUCAUACAGUCGAGUCCCUGCGAGGAUCUGACACCGCCGUUUACGCCGGAACCAUGACCGCCGACUACAAUGAUACCCUUACCAGGGAUCACAACACCAUGCCCAACUACUUCGCAACUGGCACAAAUCGUGCAAUCAUCUCCAACCGAGUCUCAUACUUCUUCGAUUGGCAUGGUCCCAGUAUGACCAUUGACACGGCCUGUUCGUCCAGUUUGGUCGCCUUGCACCAGGGUGUUAGAACCCUCCGCGCCAGCGAAUCGCGGGUCGCCGUGGCAUGCGGCACUCAAGUGCUUCUCAAUCCCGAGAUGUAUAUCGGUGAGAGCAAGCUGACGAUGUUGUCGCCUAACGGCCGCUGCCGCAUGUGGGAUGCGGAUGCGGAUGGAUACGCCCGCGGAGAGGGCGUGGCAGCUGUCGUAUUGAAACGACUGAGUGAUGCAAUUGAGGAUGGAGAUCACAUUGAGUGUAUUGUCCGUGAGACUGGUGCCAACCAGGACGGCUUUUCGAAUGGUUUGACCGUUCCCAACUCCAAUGCCCAGUCUGCCCUCAUCCGUCAAACCUACAAGAGAGCUGGUCUGGACCCUGCCAAUAAUCCUCAGGACCGACCGCAGUUCUUCGAAGCCCACGGUACCGGUACUCAGGCAGGAGACCCAAAAGAGGCUGCCGCCAUCCACGAAUGCUUUGGCCGACACAUUACUGACUCGGAGAAUCCCCUGUAUGUGGGAUCGAUUAAGACCAUCAUUGGCCAUCUUGAGGGUUGCGCGGGUCUCGCUGGUGUUCUCAAAGCCUCUAGCAUGAUCCAGGCUGGGUCUUUUGCCCCCAACCUGUUAUUCGAGACCUUGAACCCUAAGAUCGAACCGUUUUACAACGGCCUGCAUGUGCCCACGAAACUAACACCCUGGCCCACCUUGGAAGAGGGAGUUCCUCGUCGCGUCAGUGUUAACAGCUUUGGUUUCGGCGGUACCAACUCACACGCGAUUUUGGAGUCGUACGAAGCCCCAACAAUCACGGGCUCCUCUGGCCCAACAUUAACGCCUUUCGUAUUUUCAGCUGCAUCUGAAGGAUCUUUGCUCGCUCAAUUACAGUUCUUUUCCGAACACCUGAAGACCCAUCAUGAUACCAUCGAUAUCUCAGAUCUGGCGUGGACGCUGCACUCCCGCCGAAGCCAGCUGUCAACCAAGGCAGCCUUCUCGGCCCUGACUGUUGAGCAGCUCGCGUCUAAAAUUGAUAUCAAGUUGGCCGAAGUGACGCAGAACUCUGCGACCGCUGUUGGCCUCCGAUCCAGCACCAAAACUGCUCCUCGCCUGCUUGGCGUGUUUACCGGCCAGGGUGCUCAAUGGCCAGCAAUGGGAGCGCACCUGAUCCGCUCAUCAGAAUUUGUCCAAAAGAGGAUCCAGGAGCUUGAGGACUCAUUGAAUACGCUUCCAGUGGGUGACCGUCCAGCAUGGAGCCUCAAAGAGGAGAUGCUGGCUGGAGCCGAUACCUCCCGCCUUGCUGAAGCUGCACUGUCGCAACCCUUGUGUACUGCAAUCCAAGUUGCCCUGAUUGAUCUUCUACGGGCAGCUGGAAUUACGUUUUCUGCUGUUGUGGGUCAUUCCUCUGGUGAGAUCGCUGCAGCGUAUGCAGCCGAUUUCAUCUCCGGCCACGAUGCGAUCCGCCUUGCGUACUACCGUGGAUUCUUUGCCCACCUUGCAGGCAACGAAGCCACUGGCCAAAAGGGCGCCAUGUUGGCGGUUGGUACCUCAUGGGAGGAUGCACAAGAUUUCAUCAACUUGUCCACCUUCAAGGGCCGCCUGACUAUCGCUGCCCACAACUCCCCCGCCAGUGUGACCUUGUCGGGAGAUGCUGACGCGGUCGUUCAUGCAAAGAAGGUCUUCGACGAGGACCGGAAGUUUGCCAGAGCUUUAAAGGUAGACACCGCUUAUCACUCGCACCACAUGUUGCCUUGUGGAGAGGCCUACGUCAAGGCCUUGCAAGCAUGUGGCAUCCGAAUCAACCGAGAGCGGUCCAAAGCUUGCUCUUGGUUCUCCAGCGUUACGGCCUCCGCCGAGCCAAUGGAACCGAUUGACGAUCUCCUCGACGUGUACUGGAGGGAUAACAUGACCAAUGCAGUGCUCUUCGCAGAUGCCGUCAAGAAUGCCGCAGCCAGCGACGAACUUAUCAACCUCGCGAUUGAGGUCGGACCUCACCCGGCCCUGAAAGGCCCAGCCAUGCAGAACAUCUCAGAGGUGCGGGACACACCAAUUCCCUACACUGGUGUCCUUAGCCGGGGGAAGAACGACAUUGAGGCCUUCUCCGAGGGCCUGGGUUUCAUGUGGACCCAUCUUCCACAGUUGGUUGAUUUCCAGGCAUUUGAGAAGGCCGUGGCUGCGGAAGGCUCUCGCCCUCCUAAGUUGGUGGCUGGGUUGCCCUCAUAUCAGUGGAACCACGGGCGCUCUCACUGGAGCGAGUCGCGCAUAUCGAGAAAGAUGCGCACGCGGAAGCAUGGCCACCAUGAGAUUCUUGGUUUCCUGUCUACCGAUUCUAAUGCACAGGAGCUGCGCUGGUUGAAUGUGCUCAAGCAGUCAGAGAUCCCCUGGCUGACCGGCCACCAGUUGCAAGGCAUGACCGUCUUCCCAGCUGCAGGCUAUAUCGCCAUGGCGCUCGAGGCAUCGAGACACGUUGCGGGCAACAGACAGGUCAAACUUUUCGAACUGCACGAUCUUUCCAUUCCCAGAGCUCUCACAUUUGAGGAUGGGGAUAACGCGGGUGUCGAAACGCUAGUCACGCUUACGGGAGUCAAGUACCUCCCAGACCAAACCGCAACUACACAGUUCGCUUGUUACUCCGUCCCCGUUCUGACGAAGGGCUCGGACCUGGAUAUGGAGCUCAUGGCCAGCGGGACGGUCAAGAUCAUCUUCGGUAUUCCAGAUGUAGCAGCACUGGAUCGUCUGCCAGUGACCGAGAACAACAUGGCCGCGAUUGACCCCGACCGUUUCUAUGCCGGCCUUGCCGAGCUAGGUUACAACUACGGCGGCCCAUUCAGAACCAUGUCUGGAAUGAAGCGCAAGCUCAACCAGUCUUCUGUUCUGGUGGACUCCUUCCCUUACAAGGAUUCGGAUGUUUCCGACUUCUUGGUUCACCCAAGCACGCUCGAUGUGGCCUUCCAAGCAUCAAUCCUCGCAUUUUCAGCCCCCGGUGAUGGACGACUUGGGUCACUCUCCGUCCCGGUCGGGAUGAAAGCCCUUCGCGUUAACCCGGAGGUGUGCGCUUCGCUACCUACUUCCGGGUCGAAAGUGCCUGUCAUCUCAGCGCUUGAUCCAGAAUUCGAGGGUUUCUCUGCCAGUAUCGAUCUUCUCGACCAAGAUGCCGGAAACUGUAUGAUCCACGUGGAGGAUAUCGUGCUCCAGCCUUUUGCUCCGGCCACCGCGGCCGACGAUAGCGUGAUGUUCACAAACACUAAGUUUGGUUUCGCGCUGCCAGAUGGAGGCGCUGCCACGAACCUUUCGAGUAUGGUUGCGCAGGUGACACAUCGUUAUCCACACGCGCGUAUUCUUGAAAUAGGUGCCGGAGCAGGGGCCGCCACAAAGUCGAUCCUUCAAAGUAUCGGCGGUAAGUAUUCCUCAUAUAACUACACUGAUGCAUCGGAGGACUACUUUGCCAGAGCGUCAGAGUUCUUCAUCGCGCACAGCGACAAGAUGAUAUUUAGUCCCUUGGACAUUGAAAAGCCACCCACUGACCAAGGAUAUGAACCUCGCUCCUACGAUAUCAUUAUCGCAUCUAACGCGUUGUCUGCCGCCAAUCCGCUCCACACGGCCUUGAAGAACGUACGAGAGCUUCUCAAGCCAGGUGGAUAUCUCCUGCUGUCGGAGCCCACCAGCGCGAGCGCGGUUGGUACUAUUUCUGAAGGCCAGAGCGAUGGCCGUACAGCUUCAUCACCUCUGACAUUGGGGAUCUGGCAUUCUGCCUUGCGCAAGGCUGGAUUUGGCGGAGUUGAUGCCGCCACUCCGGAUAUGGACCGCGCCGAUGGGUCGUUCUCGGUUAUGGCGUCGCAAGCCGUGGAUGAUCGAGUGCACUUCCUGAGACGGCCACUCUCCGCCUCUACGCCACCCAUUCACAUCGAAAGCCUGGUCAUUCUCGGAAAUGGAACUCUCGAGACUGUGCGUCUUGGCGAGGAGGUGGUAGACCAUCUUGGACGCUUCUGCGGCGAGACGACCAUUCUCAAUGGCCUUCCUACUGAGGAGGAGGCGCUCGAAUUGAAUCCAAUGAGCACCUUCGUCAAUCUGGUCGAUAUUGACUCUGCCAUCUUCAGGGAUAUGACACCUGAAAAGAUGGACGGCCUGAAGCGCAUGGUGGAGCUGGCCAAGCACAUCGUUUGGGUCACGCAAGGCGCACACACUGACCACGCGUACCACAUGGCCAGUGUUGGAUUUAGCCGCACCGUUCAACAAGAGGCUGCACAUAUCACAUGGAAUCUUCUCGAUGUGUCUGAUCUGCAGCACAAUACAUCCAAGGCUAUUUCUGAGUAUCUUCUGCAACAGAGCGCCCUCGACGCGUGGGAAGCACCCCCGUCGGCAUUGGGAGAUAGAGAACACCGUGACUUUGCAUUCCUUUGGUCAAAAGAACCCGAGGUGUUCCUUGAUCACGGAAAGCUGAAAAUCCCUCGGCUGAUGGUGAACACAGCGCAAAAUGCCAGACUGAACUCGUCCAAACGUGUCAUCACAAAGACAGUGCCAAUUUCUCACCCCAAUAUCACCGUCAUCUCACCGGCGGCAGAUGUACCGUCCUCUCUGGUGGAGCUUGUUGGUGGCAAGCCUAAGGAGUUCUCGGAAGAUUUCAUCAAAGUCGAAGCCUCGACCUUGAUGGCAGUCCGUGUCACGCCUGAUAUGUUCUUGUACGUCGGAGCCGGCAGAGGCAAAGAUGGAAAACUGCAGGUCUUCGUCUCAACUACCAACUCUUCCCAGGCAGCACCAGUUGCGAGUGUACCAGCAGAUGUGGAGGCCGAUGCGGACGACCUGCUUGUCUCUGUUGCGAGUGAGCUCAUCGUUAGCUCACUGCUUGAUCAAAUCCCCAACAGAAGUCACAUGCUGGUUCAUUGCUCGGGUGAAGAUCGUUUCCUCGCUGCGGCCUUAACCAAGCAAGCCGCCGCCAGGGCUGUCGGUGUGGAGUUCACAUGCGAUGGACAAGACAAACAGCGAGACCCGGCAUGGAUCACCCUGGAUGUGCGCACUCCCAACCAUUGCGUACGUGAGAGACUUCGUCAAAUCAUGCCCACGCACUUCCUCGAUUUGACAGCUACACCUUCUCUCAGCGAGAGCGGUUUGCGGGUCGAUAAAUUCCUGCCCGCGCGCUGCAGUCGCAUCAACCCGACUAGUCUCUACCGACACCAGUCCUCGGCACUUUCUCAGUCCUAUGACCACGCCGCCCUGGAGCGCCUACUCAAAGAUGCCGUUUCCCGUACGGUUGUCUUCCCAGGUGGUGUCCAGGACUUGGUUACUCAGGUUGACCGCGUAAGCGCGCUCAGCUACAAGCACGCCACAUAUGCUGUUCACUGGCCUGUGUAUGGCUUUGUCGAGAUUGAGGUGCGCCCUCUCGAAGCCGAAGCUCUCUUCUCUAAAGACAAGACGUAUAUUCUCGUCGGUCUGAGUGGUUCUAUGGGACAGUCACUCUGUGAGUGGAUGGUCUCGAAUGGAGCGGGAUGUGUCUGCUUGACGAGUCGACGACCCAAGGUCGACGAGGACUGGCUGAAAUCCUUCCGUGGAACAGGCGCCACCAUCAAGGUUGUCCCCAUGGACGUUCUCGACAAGGAAAAUCUGCAGCGUGCUGUAGAUGAGAUCCGCGCGACCUGUCCCCCAAUCGCCGGUAUUGCCAAUGGAGCCAUGAUUCUUGAGGACCAGCUCUUCUCAAAUAUGUCAGCUGAGUCGAUGCAGAGAGUCCUUGGGCCCAAGAUUGACGGGUCCAAGAAUCUGGAUGAAAUCUUCUACAACGAGGACCUUGAGUUCUUCGUCAUGUUCUCAUCCAUCGCCUGUGUCUUCGGAAAUGUUGGCCAAUCCAACUACAAUGCGGCAAAUGCCUUCAUGGGUGGCCUUGCCAGACAACGUCGCAGACGUGGCCUCGCCGCUUCAGCCCUUGAUAUCGGCCAGGUGACAGGCAUCGGAUUGAUUGAGGCAGCCAACCAAAGCGUCCACGAUCAGCUCAGGAAGCUCCGAUUGGCGCUCGUCUCGGAGACUGUUCUCCGUAAAGCGCUUGGUGAAGCGAUUCAAGCCGGUUACCCAGGUCAGAAUGAUUACGACUACAUCCCCACAGUGACCACCGGUGUCCGUAUCUACGGUGACGAUGAGAAGGACGAGGUCACAGGCCCGUGGUUCAGCAAUUCAUUCUUCUCGCAUAUGAUUCGUCAGAGCGACACGUCGUCAUCAGGAGCUGACGAACAGGAUAAGAAGUCCCUUCCUGUUCGCCAACAGCUUCCGACUGCUACAAGCAAGCAAGAGGCUCUUGAAAUUCUGGAAGAUUGCCUGGCAGCGAGGUUGCGCGUUUUGCUACAGUUGGGAGAUCAGGAAAUCCAUCACGAUGCUCCGCUUCUCGAACUGGGCAUUGAUUCCUUGGUCGCCGUGGAAGUGCGAACCUGGUUUACCAAGGAGUUGAAGGUAGACAUGCCGGUUCUUAAGGUAAUUGGAGGCGCAUCUCUCGCUGAGCUGUGCCAAGGAGCAUUUGAAAAGCUCCCCGCGGAACUUGCUGCAUCCAUCGGAAGCGAAGGUAAGGAUGCUGAGCCCACGAAACCCGCUACGACCGCGCCACAGCCUCAGCUGCCGCAGCCACGGGUUGAGGGAUCCGUUUCAGACUCUACCUCGUCAUCCGGGGACAACUCGACCUCAACACCCGGUGAGAACUCGACCCCAGACAAGCAGGCGGCAACGACAUUGACGACAAUGACCACACCGUCCGUCGUUUCCGACCACGACUCUCCUGAGACUGCUAAGCAAGCAGCAUCCCUAGGGAGAAAGUUCCUCAAGAGUGAGCGUCUCUCGUUACCGCAGUCACGAUUCUGGUUUUUGCGACACCUCCUUGAAGACCCGACAACCCCGAACGUGGUCUUCCAGUUCCAUGUCACUGGAAACUUGCACGUUGGCGCCCUGGAGAGAGCCAUCCGCACAGUGACAACCAGGCACGAAGCCCUACGGACGUGCUUCGUCGAGAAUGAGAACGAAGCUGGUGAGGCUUACCAGAAGGUGCUGCGCAGCUCCCCGAUGCGACUCGAGCGCAAGAAGGUUGCUUCUGAGGAGGAAGUUGCUGCCGAGUAUAAGACACUGAAGGAGCACGUGUUCGACCUGGAGAAUGGCGAUGUGAUGCGCAUCCUUCUCCUGACGCUCUCAUCUGGAAACCAUCAUUUGCUGAUCAAUUACCAUCACAUUGUCAUGGACGGCGCCAGCUUUAAUAUCUUUACCGCAGAUUUGGAAAAGGCUUACAGCGGCCAAUCUCUCGGCGCGCCGCCAGGGCAAUAUCCUGCUUUCUCGGUGGCUCAGCGACAGGCCCUUGAGAAGGGAGAGAUGAGCGAUGAGCUGACCUACUGGCAGGGAGUAUUCCCCGCUGGUGAGCAGCCUCCUGUCCUCCCCCUCCUGCCAAUGGCUCGUACAAGCUCCAGAGUGGCCAUGAAAGGUUUCGCUGCCCACCAGGUGGCUAUCAACCUCGAACCCGAGUUGGUCGCGCGGGUGAAAGCCGUGUCCAAAGCACAGCGUUCUACGCCCUUCCAUUUCCACCUCGCCGCAUUCAAGGCCAUGCUCUUCUGCCUCGCCGGGGAGCAGACCAAGGACCUGACAAUCGGUAUUGCCGAUGCCGCCCGCAACGACAGCAGCGUGGAAGGCAGCAUUGGUUUCUUCCUCAACCUUUUGACCCUUCGAUUCCGCCGUCAGAACGAUCAAACCUUUGCUGAUGCAGUUUCGGAAGCAAGGGACACGACCUACGCAGCGCUGGGGACGUCGCGCUUGCCGUUUGAUGUGCUGCUCACGGAGUUAGGCAUCGCUCGUUCUUCCCUGCACAGUCCUUUCUUCCAGGCCUUCUUGGACUACCGACAGGGUGCCCAGCAGAAGUACCCUUGGGGUAAUUGUGAAUUUGAAUUCCAAGAUGUCCACCCUGGACGUACGGCGUACGACAUUACAUUGGAUGUGACUGAGUGGAAUGCUACAGACACGCUCGUGAUGAUUCGAGUACAGACGAGUCUUUACGACCUCACGGCGGCGAAUCUGUUGCUGAAGACUUAUGUCAACUUUCUUGAAACUGUCACCAGCGAUGCGUCGUUGACUCUGGAGGCUACUCCCAUCUUUGGACAAGAACAGCUGACCAAAGCGGUCGAGGUCGGCCGUGGUGAGUCUACUUUUCAUCCCCUUAGGAGUGUGCCCAAGAAAGAGAACACUACUAACUCUGAGACAGGUCUCAAUCUGACAUCUGACUGGCCCGGAACACUCCCCCUUCGGAUUGAUCAGAUUGCCGAGGAGCACCCCCGCAAAGUCGCCCUGAUGGAUGGCACUGGUAAGGUCCUCACGUACUCUGGCAUGGUGAACCGGAUCGAGGCUAUAAGCGAGGCCUUGCAGAAUUCUGGUGUCCACGAAGGCUCUCGAGUACUUGUCUACCAGCAGCCUGCAGCGGACUGGACAUGCUCCAUGCUUGCCAUCAUGCGCAUCGGUGCAGUUUAUGUGCCAUUAGACCUGCGCAAUCCGUUGCGUCGCCUCGCCACUGUCGCCAAGAACUGCGAGCCUCUCGCCAUCCUCGCCGAUGACACCACAAAUGUCGAUGCCCUGCAACUACAGGCAGAGGCACCAGAAUCCAGCAUCAUCAAUGUCUCGGGUCUCCCGGAGGCAGCCGCGGCUCACAUCCCCAACGUUUCAGACGCAGAGUCCACCGCAGCGAUCCUGUACACCAGUGGCUCGACAGGUCUGCCUAAGGGAAUUGUGGUCACCCACGCAGGUCUCCGAAACGAGAUUGAGGGGUAUACCAAGUCUUGGGGACUGGGGGCAGAGCGCGCGCUUCAGCAGAGUGCGUUCACCUUCAACCACUCCUCAGACCAGAUGUACACAGCCCUCUGCAACGGAGGUAUGGCGUACAUCGUUCCAGCUGAUAAGCGCGGCGAUCCAAUUUCGAUCACCAAGAUCAUCCAAGAGCAGGGCAUUACUUAUACUAAGGCGACGCCAUCCGAAUACUCGCUUUGGAUGCAGUACGGUGGCGACACACUUCGACAGGCAAACAACUGGCGUUUCGCUUUCGGCGGUGGUGAGCAGCUCACCACCCUCGUCACCCAGGAAUUCGCGAGCCUUAAUCUCCCACAGCUCCGCUUCUUCAACUCAUACGGUCCGACGGAGAUCUCCAUUUCGUCGCAUAAGAUGGAGAUCCCUUACCGCGAAACAGAGAAGUUGGUAGAUAUGGGCCGUAUUCCAUGCGGCUUCUCCCUCCCCAACUACUUCACUUAUGUUGUGGAUGAGCAGCUGCGACCAGUGCCCGUUGGCAUGCCCGGAGAGAUCUGUCUCGGCGGUGCUGGUGUCUCUCGUGGAUACCUCAAGAACGAGGAACUCACUGACAAACACUUCGUGACGAAUCCGUUUGCGACAUCUGAAGAUAUCGCCCGCGGCUGGACGCGCAUGUACCGCACUGGUGACAUCGGCCAUUUGCAAGAGGAUGGAGCAAUGGUGUUCCAUAGUCGGAUGGCAGGUGAUGCUCAGGUGAAGAUCCGUGGACUUCGGAUUGAACUGAGUGAUAUCGAGAGCAACAUGAUCUGCGUUGCGGAUGGUGCAUUGAGAGAGGUUGUCGUCACGCUUCGUGAGGGUGAUUCACCGUUCCUGGUCGCCCAUGUUGUCUUUGAGCCCAAGCACAACGUUGCGGACAAAGAUGCAUUCCUGCGGGACUUGCUCGCUCGUCUCUCCCUCCCCCAGUACAUGAUACCGGUUAUGGCCAUCCCGCUCGACAAGUUCCCUCUCAGCAACCACUCCAAGGUUGACCGCAAAGCAGUGCAGGCUAUGCCAUUGCCUGACCGUGUUCUUCAGACACAGGACGAUACCGAGUUGACCGAGACUAUGGUGCAACUCAGGCACGUGUGGCGGGAAGUCUUGGGAAAGAACGUCGACAAGCUUGGACUUGAUCUGGGACCUUCAACUGACUUCUUCAUCGUGGGAGGCAACUCCCUGUUGGUCAUUCGUCUGCAGGCCUGUAUUCGCCAGGCCUUCAAUGUCGCGCUUCCCCUCGCCAAGCUCCUAGGAGCCAGUGUCCUCGGCGAUAUGGCGCGCAAGAUCGAAGAAAGCCCGACCGUCGACCCCAUUGAUUGGGAGCAGGAAACCACCCCUCCAACCGUCCCCACUUUCCUCCGCGACCUCGCCCCAAAGACCCCAGCUACAGCCAAGACGGUUUUAGUCACAGGUGCGACGGGCUUCCUCGGUCAGUCCAUGCUCCCGCAGCUUGCGGCAAGGUCUGACGUGGCCGCGAUUCACUGUGUUGCCGUGCGAGACAAGCCUCGCGCACGUCCGCUCUUCUCUGCUUCAAACGUGGCCUAUCAUCCAGGUGACCUGUCGCUUCCCCUUCUGGGACUGGGAUUGGAUGAGUUCCGCCAGCUAGCAAGCCAGGUGGAUGUCAUUCUACACAUGGGUGCUGUAAGAUCAUUCUGGGACAACUACAAUGUGCUGCGCCCAAGCAACGUGCACCCAACCAAGGAAUUAGCCAAACUGGCCUCCGUGCACCAAGUCCCCAUUCAUUACAUCUCGACGGUGGGUGUCCUCCCGGAGCUGUCUAUGACAAACGACGCCGGCUCUGCGGCCGCUUUUGUGCCCCCCGCGGAUGGAACGGAGGGCUACGUUGGCAGCAAGUGGGCCAGCGAACGCAUCCUCGAGCGCUCUGCUGAGGAACUGGACGUCCCAUCAUCCAUCUAUCGCUUCCUACCCGCCACGCAACAAGAUCCCGUGGAGAAACAGCGACUGAUGGAUGCGUUUAUUCAUUAUGUCGACGCAUCGAGCAAGGUGCCUGACAUGAGCGUCUGGGCCGGCCGCGUGGAUCUGAUCCCCACCGAGCAGGUUUCCCAGUGGCUUGGCGAUUCUGUUACCGCCGCACCUGCUACUACUGCUAUGACCAAGUUCUCGCACUACGAAAGCCCCCUGGCUGUCCACACGGAUGAGCUCAGCGCUUAUAUCCAGCAGGAGCGAGGAGACCGGGAGGGUCUGGAGUCGAUGCCGGUUCUGAAGUGGUUCGGACUGAUCAAGUCCCUUGGCUUUGACUAUCUUUUGGCAUCGCAGGAGGCGACUGUCGGUGGCAGCGGUGAGAAUGGCCAGGUCCUUCAAUCGCGCCGAUGA